CGCUUUUCCUUCCCUCCCCUUUCCCCGUUUCCUCUCUGUUCUUGGUGUGUGCUGUCUGUUGUACGAUGGUGGCGGAAGACCGGCGAGGUGUCUCGUCUGAUGAGUUGACGAUUCAUGACAACAACGAUAAUGACCGGUAUCUUGCAAAAGAGAAGGAGGAGGCAGUUCAAGAGACUUCCCCUUCCGCAAAGGAGACGGCGGCGGCGGCGCUCUCGGACGACGAUUUUCCGGACGGAGGGCUGCAGGCGUGGCUAGUCGUCCUUGGUUCCGUCUGCGUUAACAUAUCCACAUUCGGAUUGGUGAACGGAUGGGGGACCUUCCAAUCAUAUUACACACAAACACUGCUCCCGAAUACCAAUGCAUCCGCUAUCGCAUGGAUCGGCUCAAUACAGUACUCGCUCGUCUUCCUCCCCGGCCUCGUCUCCGGACGCCUUUUCGACAUAGGGUACUUCCGCCUGCCCUUCACGAUCGCGAGCAUCGUGCUCCUGGUAGCUUGCUUUCUCACCGCAGAGUGCACGCAGUACUGGCAGUUCUUGCUCUGCCAGGGCUUUGCAAUCGGCCUGGCCUCGGGGGUGAUGUUCGGGCCCACGCAGGGGAUCCUCGCGCACUGGUUUCGGAAGAAGCGGCAGACGGCACUGGGGAUAUGUGCGAUUGGGUCGUCUAUAGGCGGGACUUUAUUCCCUAUCAUAUUCCGAAAUUUAGUUGGCAAGAUUGGAUUUAAAUGGACCAUACGGGUGAUCGGGUUCAUACUAAUGGUGACCGUGAGCGUCGGGAAUGUUACGCUUCGUAGACGGCUGCCGCCGAUCCAUGUUUCCGGCGGACUGUUUAACUGGAAAGCUUUCAAAAAGCCGGCGUUCUCGAUUUACGUGUUUACUUGCUUUAUUGCGUUCUUGGGGUUGUAUACAGUUUUGACCUACAUCGAUAUCAGUGCCAGUGACGCAGGGGUCGACGAGAGCUUCACGCUCUACCUCGUAUCCAUUGCCAAUGCCAGUUCGGCGUUUGGCCGGAUAAUGGCAGGCUUCCUCGCCGAUCGCAUAGGCGGGAUCAACGUCAUGAUGCCAUUCACUUUCGCCGCGGGGAUCCUAACCUAUCUCUGGCCGCUCGCACACACCAAGUCGGGCUUCAUCGCCAUCGCGGUGUUGUACGGCUUUUCGUCGGGAGUGUACGUUUCCCUGCUCAUCGCACCUGUGCUCGCGCUUGGCGAGACAGGCGACGUCGGGCGCAGGGUGGGCAUGACGAUGACGAUCCAGGCGUUCGGCGCACUCGCGGGGCCGCCCAUAUCUGGGGCGAUUAACGUCGCUACCGGGGGUUACCUCGCCACCGGGAUUUAUGCAGGGACCGUGAUCAUGCUUUCGGUCGUCCUUAUGGGUAUUGUCCGCUAUCUGGUCCUUGGAAAGCUGUGGGGAAAGUUCUGAAGGGCAGCUGCUGGCUUGCAACGUCACUUCUGACGCGAGCUGAAUUAGCGUGUAUACGUGGUCAGCUCGUAGAUUAUAUUCGCAAUAGAGGGAAGCCUUUCCACCCCUCCACGGGGAUCAGCCUGGAUCAGCCUAAAACGCUACUGUACUUACAUUCCAUUUGUAAUCCGAUUGUUAGCAGAGCAUACAUGACCCGGGAAUGCAAUACAUAGACUCUAGUCAG